UGGCGGCUGCACAGCUAUGGCCAGCCUGCUCCGGCCUGCAACUUGGGGACUGUUCUCCUGGAGGGGCUACUGCUCCAGAGGGACGCAGGGCAGACUCAGCGCGGGCUUUGUGGAGGCUCUGAAGGCAGUUGUGGGGAGCCCCCACGUGUCUACCGCGGCUGUGGUCCGAGAGCAGCACGGGCACGAUGAGUCCAUGCACAGGUGCCAACCUCCGGACGCCGUGGUGUGGCCCCAGAACGUGGAGCAGGUCAGCCAGCUGGCAGCCCUGUGCUACGGCCAAGGCGUUCCCAUCAUCCCCUUCGGCACAGGCUCCGGCCUGGAGGGUGGAGUCUGCGCGGUCCAGGGUGGCGUUUGUGUCAACCUGACCCGUAUGGACCGAAUCCUGGAGCUGAAUCCCGAAGACUUCUCUGUGGUGGUGGAACCCGGCGUCACCCGCAAAGCUCUCAACACUCACCUGCGGGACUGCGGCCUCUGGUUCCCUGUGGACCCAGGUGCAGACGCCUCUCUCUGUGGCAUGGCGGCCACCGGAGCCUCGGGCACCAACUCUGUGCGCUAUGGCACCAUGCGCGACAACGUGCUGAACCUGGAGGUGGUGCUGCCCGGCGGACGGCAGCUGCACACCGCGGGUCGCGGCCGGCGCUUCCGGAAGAGCGCAGCCGGCUACAACCUCACCGGGCUCUUUGUGGGCUCCGAGGGAACCCUGGGCCUCAUCACAGCCGCCACCCUGCGCCUGCAUCCUGUCCCUGAGGCCACGGUGGCCGCCACCUGUGCCUUCCCCACUGUCCAGGCGGCGGUGGACAGCACGGUACACAUCCUCCAGGCUGCAGUGCCUGUGGCCCGCAUCGAGUUCCUAGAUGAGGUCAUGAUGGAUGCCUGCAACAGGCACAGCAAGCUGAACUGCUGCGUGGCACCCACUCUCUUCCUCGAGUUCCACGGCUCCGAGCAGGCACUGGCAGAGCAGGUGCAGCGCACAGAGGAGAUCAUCCGUCAUAACGGAGGCUCCCACUUCUCCUGGGCCAAGGAGGCGGAGGAGCGCAGCCGCCUCUGGGCAGCCCGGCACAACGCCUGGUAUGCGAGCCUGGCCCUGCGGCCGGGCUGCAAGGGCUAUUCUACCGACGUGUGUGUGCCCAUCUCCCGGCUGACGGAGAUCCUGGUGCAGACCAAAGAGGACCUGGAGGCCUGGAGACUCACAGGAACCAUCGUCGGGCACGUGGGUGACGGGAAUUUCCACUGCAUCCUGCUGGUAGACCCCGAGGACCCUGAGGAGCUCCUCAGAGUCCAGGCCUUUGCAGAACAGCUGGGCAGGCGCGCACUGGCGCUCCACGGCACGUGCACUGGGGAACACGGCAUCGGGCUGGGCAAGCGGCAGCUGCUGCUGGAGGAGGUGGGCGUGGUGGGCAUGGAGACCAUGCGGCAGCUCAAGGCCACACUGGAUCCCCGAGGCCUCAUGAACCCAGGCAAGGUGCUGUGAGGGGCUCCGAGCACCUGACCCACAAGCCCCCCCAGAGAGUGGCACCUCCCUUUCUGGAACCUGUUUUAAAGCCCCCAGACUCUGCAGGGGUCUUCACCAGCUGGAAAGGUCUUCACUUGCCUUUUUAAACGAACCCCGGGCCAGGGGGAGGAGAGAGAAGCUUGGACAGGCCGCCGGCUUCUCCCCAGCUCUCUUGCUGUCCUCAGGAGCCUUUGCUUCAAUAAAAUUGCUCGGGGUCAUUCCCCGUGAAGCAGCUUCCUCUCUGCUGUGACACAUACGGGCCUGGCUGGGAGAGGCACCAUGGGUCACCCCAAAGACUAGGACCACUCCCCUCCUCAGCCUCCACAGCCCAGGACAGGAGAACAAACGCUGGGGAUGCAGCACCCAUAGCCCAUCUCCAUCUGCCUGGUGAGGGGAACGCCCCUUUGCUGGUGGGGAAGGGAAGUUCUGUUCUAUGUUCUCAACCCUGUGCCCCCCACCCCACCCCCAAAUAAACCUGAGCCCCACUUGCAGUUGUCUGGAGAUGAGCAAGCUGCACCUGUGAAUGGCCUCCUGUGCCUGCCUGCCCCACCUCCUCCAGAUUCUCUGUCCUUCCGCCCGUGAUGCCCUCAUCCCUCACCCGGCACCUGCCCUUUGACCUGUUCCAGCCUGAGGAGGGGACAGUGCUCAGGCUGCAGGAGGAAGGUCACUUCCAGGGACCCAGGAUCCUGUCCCAGUAGCUCUGCCUGUGAGAGCCCCAGGACCUGAGGACUACACUAUGGCCAUCCUCACUUACCAUCGACUUCCCCCACUGAGCCCCCAAACUGGGCUCUAGAACAUUCUGAUCAUGUCCUUCAAGUGGCUGCUACCACUCACUGGAAAUGGAAGUGAUUUUCCUGGUACCACACCUGUCCACGGUGUGGUAUGUUUCUCUACCAGCUUUCUUGACUCUCAACGUCAGGCUCUGUUCCCCCUGAGGCCUGCCCCAGCCUUGGUCACGAUUUUUAGCCAGAGCUCCUGUCCGGGGUGCCUGGCAGUUGUUCCCCCUAAGCCCACACGAGGGCACCUGACACCACAAAGCUCAGACACCAGUAUCUGCUUGGGGUCGUGCUCCCCUCCGCAGGGACUUACAGCUCUCAGCUCUGGGCGCCCUGUUUCCCAGGGCCCAGCAGAUGCCUGGAGCCCAGGAAACAGAUCUCCAAGCUCCCACUCACCUGCAGGUCCCAGGAGCCUCUGGUGCAGACCCACCUCCCUCCCUGGUGGCCUUGGCCCCCAGGAGAGGCUAAGCAAGGGGUGCAGGGGAGCCAAAAUAACCCCCCCAACUCACUUCACUCCUAUCCUCCCAAGACCCCGCUGAGCUCCUUUCCUGCCUCCGCCCCCUCGCCCCACCCCAUUCACCCCAUCAACUGUUCAGGCCCCCAGCAGAGGCAGCCCCGCUAACUGAGACAAGCUUGGUUCGAACGACUCCUCUGCUAACACCCGGCUGAGCCCUGAGUUCGCUCUUCUGUGACAUUUCUGUCCCUUGGAUGCGCCAAGGGUGGUGUGGGGCAAGCCUCAUGCCUCACCCCCCCCCCCAAAAAAAAACAAAAAAAAACACCCAAUAAAGGAAGCAGGAGCACUAACCAUCAGCCACAUGAACUCACUGGUGCCUCCCCUUCCCGCAGGCUGCCUGCCACCAGCAGUCCUCCAGGGGCAGCAUUCUGCAGGCCAAGGCUCCUCCCUGGCGUGCCACCCCACCCCCACCCCCCAGCGCCUGGCAACUAGUAGGUGCUCAGCCAAUUUGUAAGGAGAAGCUCCAAACAUGCAGGAGAGUUGAAAGAACAAGUACACUGUUCACUGAAGAUUCAACAAUGAAUGUUGUUACCUGGCUUGCUUCAUGUGUGUAUUUUUGGGAAACCAUUUGGAAUUGAGUUACGGAAUUUUUCACAUCAUUCACCUACACAAUUCAGCAUCGGUUUCCUAGGAAUAAGGACCUAAAAAC